GGCGCACUUUUAGCGCACUCCGACACAACUACGCAGAGAAUUUCGCAGCAACAAGAAGAGCAGUGAAGCAGCAGCUGAAGCACUGAACACGACAGACCUCACCUCCCCACACCAAACGACACCGUAUUCGAACUCAUCGUUCUCUCGCAUUCUCUUCGUCUCCUCUCUUUCUUUGCAACUCUUCAAAUUUCACCAUUUUUCAGCAGCUCACAGAAACUGACGUGAUAGCAACAAUGGAGGCUUUCUACAGGCUCGAAGCUUGUGGAAUAGUGUAGCUUUUUACUCCCUUUCGGAAGGCCUUCAGCUUCCUCCCCUUUCUGUCUCUUCACUCUAUCUGUUAUAGAUGGCUGGCCGGAGAUUGAGACUCAAUGCAUGGAACUUGGAUCCAGAGAGGAAGAGGACCGGCGGACUGAGGACGAUGCAGGCGGGGAGAGGAUCAUGCCGUGGAAGUUAGGCGCCGCCGGGAAAUGCACACUCUUCGGGACUGAUUUAUUUGUCAUUUGAAUCGGCUGUCAAUUUGUCUACUCUGUUCUGUUCGAUUAGUGCUUUGAAUAUUCUGAAUUUUUGGAGCCACGGAGAGGCGGUAGCCAUGGGGUUUUUGCUUAAGGAAGUGCUCAAGAGGCUGUGCGGCGCCAAUCAGUGGGCUUACGCUGUCUUCUGGAAGAUCGGCUGCCAGAACCCUAAACUAUUAAUUUGGGAAGAAUGUCAUUACGAAUCAUCACUAUCUUCUCUACCUAAACGCAAUGCUGGAACUGAAAGAGCUGAAUUACCAUUUGGAGAGUGGGAGGGAUGCUGGGUUUCUUCUAAAGUGUGCUCCUCUUCUAGUGGGAUUCAACAAGAGGAAAGAGUGUCCUCACUUAUUAACACAAUGAUGAUGGAUAAACCGUGUAACAUAGUGGGUGAAGGGAUGGUUGGACGAGCUGCAUUUACGGGGAAUCAUCAAUGGAUUUUAUCAGGCAAUUACAGAAAGGAUGCCCAUCCACCAGAGGUCCUCAAUGAGAUGCACCACCAAUUUUCUUCUGGCAUGCAGACCGUUGCAGUUAUUCCUGUUCUUCCUCACGGUGUUGUUCAACUUGGUUCUUCCACAGCUAUGAUGGAGGAUACAGGCUUCAUCAAUGAUGUGAAGAGUUUAGUCCUGCAACUAGGACGUGUUCCUGGUGCUCUUUUAGCAGAAAACUGUGUGACCAAAGAUUUGGUUGAGAAAUCUGGGUUACCCUAUACUUCUGGAACAGUGGCAUCCAUGCAUCCAGCAGGUAAUUUAAAGGUAACAGGAUCCACACGGAUGACUGAUAACUACACCCAUCAAAGUCACUUUACUCGGGCCUCAGGCCUUUCUGGCCAACUAUCUCACUCUCUUCUUAAGGAUAUUCAGAAUAAUUCUCAAACCACUUCUUCAGCAUUUCAAACCCCAAAUCUCACCCAAAGUCUGCCCAAAAUUCAUGAUGAUCCUCAACAACCAACAGUUUCUCCAUCGAUGAAGCCAAACUUUUCUUUGGGUGGCCAACUAAAGGAUAGAGUUCGGGGAACUGAAGUGAUUACCUCGAAUUCUGAUGCAUGGUCGAACCAGCCGACUCCCUCUUACAAUUCAGGGGUGGGACUCAAAUACCCGUCUUUAGGUCAAUCAAGUUCAGAUCAGAACAGCCUAAAGUUUAUAGAACAUAUGAUCUUGUCUGCUGGUAGCAUUAGGCAUCAUCUUGAUAAGAACUUUAGCGCAUCAAAUGGUAUCAUGCCUCAAUUGGGAACAAGUGGAAGUUUAAUCCUUGAUCAGAGCAAAGGUUUGACAACAACCGCAUUGCUUGGAGGAAGUCAAGUGCAUGGUGGAUCGAGUAGUUAUUCAAGGCCAAUUUCUGUUCCUUGCUCUUUUUCAGACCCCCACAGGGUAGCUGACAUCAACCUCUCUGGUGGAUGUCUGUCUGGUGUUAAAUUUCAAAAGGCUGAUGCAUUCCAAACGGAAGGAGUUUCUUCAUCCAGUGUUGCAGGUCAAUCAUCUGCUAAUAACAUGCCUUCCAAAGGCUCUGAUCACAGACAGUUUUCUGCCGAUGUGAAGCUUACCCAGAGUGAAUUGGCCCUACAAAGGAUAGAUGAUGAAUUGUUUCAAGCACUGAACAUUCCAUUGGCAGAUUCAGAUGAACAUAUCCCCUUGAAUGCACACAUCCCUGGUAUUGUUCCAGGAUCUGCAAAUGCUACAAAUGAUGCAUAUACUCAGGUUUCAUCAGGGGAUGAUUUGUUUGAUGUUUUGGGUAUGGAUUUUAAAAACAAGCUGUUUAAUGGCAAUUGGAAUAAUUUGCUUGCUGAUGAGACACAUUCAGACGCAAGAAACCUAGGCAAGAAUACUUCAACAUUUACAAAUGUGCAGGAGUUGGCUUCAGAUUAUUAUCCAGCAGGUCAAGAAACAUCAAAUGGUUGCAUUUUCUCUGGGGCAGGCACUGAACAUCUUUUAGAUGCUGUGGUCUCUCGGGCUCAGUCUGCUGUCAAGCAGAACUCUGAUGAUAAUGUGUCUUGGAGAACAUCAUUGACAAAAAUCAGUAGCUCUUCCGUCCCUAAUAGUUCUCCCCCGUAUGGACGAAUUAUUAUGUCUAAUGAUGUACAUGGGGAGAAACUUGGCCUUCCUAAAUCUCUUGUAAAGGAAGGGACGGAAGAAACUAGUUCCCUUCAGUCUGGGUGUAGAAAAGAGGAUGCGGGAAACUGUUCACUGACCAACUCUAUAUAUGGAUCUCAAAUUAGUUCUUGGGUUAAACAGGGUAAUAGUGCAAAUCAUGAGAGCAGUGUUUCAACAGCAUAUUCUAAGAAGCCUGAUAUAAUAGGAAAAUCAAAUCGCAAAAGGCUUAAACCUGGAGAGAACCCUAGACCAAGGCCAAAAGAUCGUCAGAUGAUCCAAGAUCGUGUGAAGGAGUUGCGUGAUAUUGUGCCAAAUGGGGCAAAAUGUAGCAUAGAUGCACUGCUUGAACGCACCAUCAAGCAUAUGCUGUUCUUGCAAGGUGUCACAAAGCAUGCCGACAAGCUAAAACAAACAGGAGAGUCGAAGAUUAUCGGCAAAAAAGAUGGACUGGUUCUAAAAGACAACUUUGAUGGAGGGGCGACAUGGGCUUUUGAGGUUGGGACACAAUCAAUGGUUUGCCCUAUCAUCGUUGAGGAUCUCAAUCCACCCCAUCAGAUGCUUGUGGAGAUGCUCUGUGAAGAACAGGGUUUCUUUUUAGAAAUAGCUGAUUUAAUCAGAGGUAUGGGUUUGACCAUCCUGAAGGGGGUGAUGGAAGCUCGGAAUGAUAAGAUAUGGGCGUGCUUUGCAGUAGAGGCCAAUAGGGACGUAACGAGGAUGGAAAUAUUUAUGUCACUCGUUCAGCUUUUGGAGCAAACUGUAAAAGGCACCGCGUCAUCGGCCAAUGCCAUGAUGAACAAUGUGAUGGUCCACCACUCAAUACCUGCAACUGGUAGGCCUAGUAAUUUGCAGUGAGCCGCUAGAUAUACAGUUUCCGUGUUCAUAGGCGCAGUAGAUUGUGAUGAACCACAGUUGCUAUAGCUUGUUGGUCUGGACAUGUUCAGAGUGAGCCAAGAUUUCGCUUGCCAUGACGAACAUACAUUCUUGACUAGCAUCUCUGGUAGCUCUCACCUGGGCCCAGUUUAUGUUUCAGAAAGCACGAUCCUGGCCGUCCUCACUUUAGCGGGGUGAGAUUUGUUAAACUAGUCAGAAACUGCUUUGUAAUAGCGUGUUUUCUUUGACGUAGCUAAAAAUCUGAAUGUUCAACUAUAUGCCCUACUGAAACAUUUCAGCCAUGGACACUGGUGGUGUGUGUAGAGGCUACCGAUUGGGUAUAACUUAUGGGAUAUAGAUUUUUCCAAAUGUAUAGAGGUUGGUAGGGGUGGGGAUACUGUAGGGUUUCCGACCUGUUAGUUAAACGAAGACCACCGUUUGAUUUCCCGGAGUUUUCAAGGUUUAUAGAUAACUUACUGUUUGAUGUCUAAGAAUGUGGUUAUUGAAUGUUUUUUCAUCU